GCAUUUUGUUGCAUUAUAAACAACAUGUUGUUAUAAAAACAAAGUCCGGACCGGCUUAACCGGACUAAGAAUACUUCUUUCAUAUAAAAAGAAACUGUCAUCUGCCAAUAUUCAAAUCUUUUGAAUCUCUUUCUAAUUUUUUCAUCUUAUUUAUUUUAAAGAUGUCCGCUGCCAGACCUGUUCUUAACGUCUACGCCGAAUCCGGCAACAAUGUCGCUGCCACUGUUCCUCUUCCUGCCGUCUUCAAGGCUCCUAUUCGUCCUGACAUUGUUAACUUUGUCCACACUAACAUGGCCAAGAACAAGCGUCAACCCUAUGCCGUUUCCUCCAAGGCUGGUGAACAAACUUCUGCUGAAUCUUGGGGUACUGGUCGUGCUGUUGCUCGUAUUCCUCGUGUGAAUGGUUCCGGUACUCACCGUGCUGGUCAAGCUGCCUUCGGUAACAUGUGUCGUGGUGGUCGUAUGUUUGCUCCCACCAAGACCUGGAGAAAGUGGAAUGUAAAGCUUAAUGUCAACCAAAAGCGUUUCGCUACUGUUUCUGCUUUAGCUGCUUCUGCUUUACCCUCUUUGGUCAUGGCACGUGGUCACCGUAUCGAAAAGAUUGAAGAGGUCCCCCUCGUUGUUUCUGACAACGUUGAAAAAUUGACCAAGACCAAAGAAGCUGUUGCUCUCUUGAAGGCUGUUAAUGCUUAUGCUGAUGUUGUCAAGGUUUCUAACUCUCGUAAGUUGCGUGCUGGUCAAGGUAAACUCCGUAACCGUCGCCACAGACAACGCCGUGGUCCUCUUGUGAUCUAUAAUGAAGAUAAGGGUCUCGUUAAGGCCUUCCGUAACUUGCCUGGUCUUGAACUUGUUAAUGUUCGUCAACUCAAUCUCUUACAAUUAGCUCCUGGUGGACAUUUGGGUCGUUUCAUCAUCUGGACUCAAUCUGCUAUUUCUCUUCUUGAUGAACUUUAUGGUACCUACGAGACUCCUGCUACCUUGAAGAAGAACUACGUCUUGCCUGACAACAUCAUGACUAACCCUGAUGUUGCUCGUCUCAUCAACUCUGAUGAAAUUCAAUCUGUUGUUCGUCCUGCUGGCAACAAGCAUCACAAGCGUCCCUUCACUCAAAAGAAGAACCCCUUGAAGAACCAAGGUGUUAUGAACCGCCUCAAUCCUUAUGCUCAAGUCCUUCGUCGUGCUGAGCUCAUCAAGGCUGAGAAGAUUGAUGCUGGUAAGGUUACCAAGACACAAAAGAAGAAGUCUGGCGCUUCUACUGCUGCUUCCAAGAAAUUUUUGGAAGUCCUUCACUCUGCUUAAAUUUAUUUAAAAUAAAUAAAAUAUGAAUAUAAACGUUUAUUUAUUCAUUUUAUUAUUUGUACAAAUAUAUGAAAGGAAAAGAAGAGAAAGUGUAUAACUUGCAUUGUUUUCUGUACAUUAGCAUUUCUAAAGAUGACUUUAAUAUAGAAAGUGUAGUAAAAAUAACUCUCUUAUUACAUAACAAAGUAACACACGUAAAUAAACAUAAAUAGUGUAGAAGGAAGUGGCCUUAGUUUUUGAAGUCGCUUGUUACCAAUAUGCAUAUCGUCGUCACAUUUUGUAAGCAGCCUUCUUUUAUUGUAGUAGUAGAAGUCUUGUUUUGUGAUUCUAUUAUAUGCGGAACAGCUGUAUUAAAAAAUAAAUAAAUAAAUAAAUAAGGAGGGAGUCACUUUAUA